GCUGGGUCUAUUCCACAUCUAACCCAAAUGUUUCUCUGUCCGUGGAGGAGAUUUCACGUUUGAAGGAACUUCUACUGAAGCCGCGUGCCACCACCAUGUUCUGGAAGUUCGAUCUGAACACGACGUCGCACGUGGACAAGCUGCUGGACAAGGAGGAUGUGACCCUGGAGGAGCUGAUGGACGAGGAUGACGUCCUGCAGGAAUGCAAGGCGCAGAACCGGCGGCUGCUGGACUUCUUGUGCCAGCAGCAGUGCAUGGAGCAGCUGGUCACCCUCAUCACCCACGAGCCCCCCGUGGACAUGGACGAGAAGGUCCGAUUCAAGUACCCCAACACGGCCUGCGAGCUGCUGACCUCGGACGUGCCGCAGAUCAACGACAAGCUGGGCGGGGACGAGACCCUGCUCGACAUCCUCUACGACUUCCUGGACCACGAGCCCCCCCUGAACCCCCUCCUCGCCAGCUUCUUCAGCAAGACCAUCGGGAACCUCAUUGCACGGAAAACAGAGCAGGUGAUCUCAUUUUUGAGGAAAAAGGACAAGUUCCUGAGCCUGGUGCUAAAGCACAUCGACACUUCUGCCAUGAUGGACCUGCUGCUGCGCCUCAUCAGCUGCGUGGAGCCCACGGCGCUGCGCCAGGACGUGCUCAACUGGCUGAAUGAAGCCAGGAUCAUCCAGAGACUCGUGGAGCUGAUCCAUUCGAGCCAGGACGAGGAUAGGCAAUCCAACGCUUCCCAGACCCUGUGUGACAUCAUCAGGCUGAGCAGAGACCAGAGCACUCAGCUCCAGGAUGUCCCAGAGCCAGAUCCACUUCUCACAGCACUGGAAUCGCAGGAGUGCGUGGAGCAGCUCCUCAGGAACAUGUUCGACGGCGAGCAGAGCGAGACCUGCAUCGUGAACGGAACCCAGGUGCUCCUGACGCUGCUGGAAACGCGGCGCUCCGGAGUGGAAGGCCUGAUGGACUCGUACACUCAGGGAUUCGAGAGGUCUUACGCUGUCAACAGCAGCAUCUUACACGGCAUCGAGCCCCGGCUCAAGGACUUCCACCAGCUGCUGCUGCGCCCGCCCAAGAAGCCGGCCAUCCUGACCACGCUGGGGCUGCUGGAGGAGCCGCUGGGGAACGCGCGGCUGCACGGCUCGCGCCUGAUCGCGGCGCUGCUGCACACCAACACCCCCAGCAUCAACCAGGAGCUCUGCAGGCUCGGCACCAUGGACUUGUUACUUGAUUUAUUUUUUAAAUACACGUGGAAUAACUUUUUGCAUUUCCAAGUGGAGCUGUCCAUAGCAGCCAUCCUGUCCCACUCUGUGCACGAGGGGAGGCCCAGCCCGGGCGAGCCGGGCAGCAAAGAGGAGGCUCCGAGCGGGAACGCGGCGCCGGAGCCCGCGGAGCCCUCGGGGCCCUCGGAGCCCGCGGAGCCCGCGGAGCCCCCGGCCACAGCCACCGAGAACGUCAUGGUCACCCACCUGUUCCAGAAGUGCUGCCUGGUGCAGAGGAUACUGGACGCCUGGGAAGCCAAUGACAAAAUCCAGGCAGAGGGCGGCAGGAGGAGAGGGAACAUGGGGCACCUGACGCGCAUCGCCAACGCCGUGGUGCACAACAUGGAGAAGGGGCCCAUGCAGGCCCAGAUCAGUGACUUCAUCAAAGAGCUGCCCGAGGACUGCAGGGGCAGGUGGGAGAGUUUUGUGGAGGAGACGCUGACGGAGACGAACCGGAGGAACACGGUGGAUUUGGUGAGCACCCACCACCUGCACUCCUCCAGCGAGGAUGAGGACAUUGAAAGUGCUUUUCCCAACGAGCUCACGCUCCAGCAGGCCUUCUCCGAGUACCAGAUCCAGCAGAUGACGGCCAAUUUCGCGGAUCAGUUCGGCUUCAACGACGAGGAGUUUGCAGACCAGGAUGACAACAUCAACGCUCCCUUCGACCGCAUCGCCGAGAUCAACUUCAACAUCGACGCUGACGACGACAGCCCCAACGCCUCCCUGUUCGAGGCCUGCUGCAACGAGCGCAUCCAGCAGUUCGACGACAACGAGGAGGAGGAGGAUAUCUGGGAGGAGAAGGAGAUCUCCUACGCAACGCAGGUCAAGUCCAGGACACGGUUUGGAGCCUCACAGACGUCAGAGAGCUCCAAGAGUGACAUGGAGAACGGGGACCACGACGGCAGCGUGGACUCGGAGGAGGAGGAGGAGCGGCCGCCGCCCCCCUCCCCGCACAAGGGCGGCACCCCGGAGCGGAAGGACUCGGAUUCCUCCCAAGGGGCAGGGGCAGGCUGGACGGCCGUGUUCGAGCCCGCCAGCCCCGCGCCGCCCGUGGCCAUGGACGUGGGCUCCAGCGUGUGGGACUCGGCCGCGCCGCAGGACAGCGCCCCGGAGGAGAAGGGCUGGGCCAAGUUCACGGACUUCCAGCCUUUCUGCUGCUCCGAGUCCAGCCCUCGCUGCAGCUCCCCCGUGGGCACCGAGAGCGGCGGCACCGACAGGACCCCGGCGCAGGGCCAGGACAAGAGCUCCGCAGCCGCAGCCGCCUCUCCCUGCGCCUGGAACGCCUGCGGCACGCGGAAGGCGCCGCUGGGGGCCUUGGACAGCAGCUCCUCGGGCAGCUCCGACAGCGACGACGACGACAAUGACAGGGCCAGGGCUGGCACGGAACCCACGGCACAGGAGCCCGGCAAGGACAGGGCAGCUCCCACCAGGGACUCCGACAGGGCGGCUCAGGAGACGCUGCCCGUGGCCGAGUCGGGGACGUCCGGCGCCGCCCGAGCCCGGAGCAGCGCGGCCACGCACACGGACGGGCACCAGAGAGCGGCCACUGCCGUCACAACUGCCACAGAAACGGCCACGAGAGACAGGAGUGAGGAGGCCUUGCCCUGCGCCGAAGCCACGUUGAACGGCCCCGCUUGACGCGCCGCCGCCGCCCCGGGACGUGUGUGAGCCAGGCCAGGCUGCUCCCUGGUGAUGCAAUUUGUCAAUUCUUUUUUUUUUUUUUUUUUUUUUUUUUUUUUUUUUUUUUUUUUUCCAAUUUUAAUUUUAUUUUUUAAUAAAUGCUGCAUUGAUGAGAGCGAGCUGGCGUUCAGGACCAGACGCGCAGAUCCGACAGCACCGAUCCGUUCGGAAAGACACUCGGCAUUGUCGAAAUGUAGCAUUGAGUUCAGCCCUCACGGGAAUGACGGGCUCUUCCCAAGCCUUCUGCCCGAUUUGAGUUGUCCCCUUCCCCGCGCCCCCGGUUCUGGUUCCGGAUUUGGGGUUCAGUGCUGUUUUCCCAGUGUUAUUGCACACAGUAUUCAGCUUCUCUUGGGAAGGUAGCAGGUCCAGCGGCGGCCGGGGCCAGCGCACAAAUCCCGCAGCCGCGUGACCAAAGUUCCUGAUGGAGCUGUCCUCGGGCAGCCUUUGCACCGCUUUGUAGAGCAAUAAAGCCUUACCAGAAACAUUUCACGGGAGAGGAGGAAUGCCAACGCUUCCGUGGGAGGGAGCAGGGGGGGCUGGCGUGGGCCGGGGCCGGGGCUGUCCCCAGCCCGAGCCGAGCCCCGGCUGCCCGGGGGACGCGAUGUCCCUGCGCUGCCGCCCUGCUCCGGGCUCUCCGUGGACACGAGGUGGAUCGGGGCAAGGCUCUGGAAUGCUCGGAGCCGGCCUCUCCUGCCCCAGGGCCGCGUUGGCCGCGGGGGACCCUGCCCGCCAGGAGGUGACCGGGGCUUUGCUGGCUCUUUGGAGACUGAAUUAAUGUAUUUGCAAAUGAUGAUGGAAAAAAUCCUUAUUUCUGUUUGUUUUGUUCUGUUUUUAAAAGUUUUUAAUGGAUGCAGGAACAGCAACACUUUUGCACUUUGUACCCGGUGACGACAGCGUUGCGAGG